CAAUACCCAGUGCGUAUACAAGUCUUAAGAAUCGUGUAAAGUCAUGGCUGCCACGAAAAGAGUAUUUGAGUUGAAAUGUGCGUACCAGAAUUAUGCAUGGGGCAAACUUGGGAGCAAGAGUGAAGUGGCCAAGUUGCUUAAAGGUGCAGAUGACAACUUUGCUAUACAGGAGCAUGCUCCAUAUGCUGAGUUAUGGAUGGGCACCCAUCCCAACGCUCCAACUACAAUACCACAUCUCCAAGGGAAGACUCUAGAGGAAUGGGUCAAAGAAAACCCAGAGGCAUUAGGAAAGACCGUGCAAGAACGCUUCAAUGGAGCUUUGCCCUUCCUUUUUAAAGUUUUGUCUGUUAACAAGGCAUUGUCUAUACAGGCUCACCCAAAUAAGAGUCACGCUGAAGAGCUUCACCAAAAGGACCCAGAGAAUUACAAGGACCCCAACCACAAACCAGAGAUGGCCAUAGCUCUUACAGACUUCACAGGACUGUGUGGAUUCAGGCCCGUCUCAGAGAUUGCUGACUUUGUACAGAAUAUUCCGGAGCUACGGUCGGUAAUAGGUGAGAAGAAUUGCGAGACAAUGCUAUCCUCUGUCAAUGGUGAUGUCAGUGAAGAGGAAGCUAUCCGCUCAUGCUUCUCUGCCCUCAUGAGACAGGAUAGGGCAGUUGUGGAGAGUCACUUGAGGGCUCUAGCUGCACGCGUCAAGAAACUUGCAAAUUCUGGUGAAGACACAAGCAGAUUUGUUGGGGAUGUUCUGUUAAAACUUGACGAGGAAUUCCCAGGGGAUGUCGGGGGCUUUGCGGUGUACUUUCUGAACGUGAUGAGGCUUAAAGAAGGGGAGGCAAUCUACCUUGGAGCAAACCUUCCACACGCCUACCUGUCAGGAGACUGCAUGGAAUGCAUGGCAUGUUCGGACAAUGUUGUGCGUGCGGGUCUCACGCCCAAGUUCAUCGACACCGAAACGCUCCUGCAUAUGUUAAACUACAGCGGGAAACCUGCUGCAGAGAACAAGUUUCAGCCUGCUGUGUCGGAGGAAAAUGGCUGCACACUGCGUAGAUUUACCCCUCCCAUUCCUGACUUUGCAGUUACAGAGAUACAGUGUGUUCAAAGUGAGAGACCAGUUGUUCUUCAGGCAAUGGACAGUGCUAGCAUUUUGAUCUGCAUCACAGGAAGUGGUUUUGUGGAUUCUGGGAUAGCAGUGCAUCGUGGAACAAUUCUAUUUAUAGCAGCCAAUGAGACAGUUUCUUUGAAAGUAGAAUCAUCCAGUAGAAUGCUUCUUUACAGAGCUCAUGCUGGCUGUUGAAACGGUUUUGAUUUCUAUACAAAUAAUAUAAUUAUUUAUGUAUAAUUAUCACCCAAAGCCAUGUCUUCCAUUAUAUUAUUUCCCUGUUAUAUCUGAGAGUGUUUAUUAUUGAUUUACAUUUGAUUUUUGAAUUUUGUUAUUAUUAAUUAAUCCUAUAGACCAUUUGAUAAAUAAAGAGAUGACACUAUU